AGAGAAGCGAGCUGGGUAUGGGGCCAGUUGAAGGGCCGAGUGCGCCGAAGCGCUUUUGAGGGGUGUGCCGCGGCACUUUUGAGGGUUGCUUGAAGCAGCACUGCGAGCAAGGCAGCUCAUUGCGGAUCGAGGACCUCGUCCUCGUUCAACGCAGCACAAGCGGCUUUGCCUGCUGCACUCAAGCGUGAGGCAUGCCAACUCAUGCAUGCCUCAUCUCGACGACCAGAGAGCGACCGCUCGAUGAGCUCUGCGGAUGAGGGCCAAGACGACGAGCGUCUUUGCCCCUUCUCGACGCAACGAGCAGAUCGGCUUUUGCUCUCUCUUGUCGAGGCGAGGGCGACACCACUGUCCGAGCCUCUCGCAUGGGGGGCGACACCGCUGUCCGAAACCCACGUGUGGCGCAGGUCGGCUCGAGAAGAGAGGGACGGCCCGAUCGCGGAUGAUGUCUAGAUGCAAGCAUCCAUCCUCUCGACGCAGUCGGCGUAGUCCCCUCUCUCUCUGCCGUCCCUGGCCUAGCUCGCCGAGCUCAGCUGGCCGAGGCACAGCCGUCGGUGGGCGCGUACCGCUCUUACAGCGCCCAUCCGACCUGCUGCUGCUCGCUCUGCAGCCAGAGCAGCAUGCUCUCACUGUCGGCCACGUCCGCAAUCGCAGCAACGAGGCUCUCCGCCUCCUCCUCGUCGGCGUACGACUCGAAUGCGGCCAUGAGUUCAUCGAGCUGUGCGAGCGUGUCGUCGAGGCCCGACAUGGCCGAGUACGCAGGCGCAGGCGUCUUGACGGCCUCCGCCACAGCAGCAGCCACAGCGCGGGCAGCACGAGCGGCGACAGCCUGUGCUGCGACCCAGCGACCAGUUCGGCUGGAGCGCGCAACGGGGCAGAGCAGCUCGCAGUCCCACGAGUCCUCGGGCGACUCGCUGGACACGGCGCCAAACACCUGCGGCAGUGGCAGCGGCGGCUGCGCGGCGAGCGCGGCGAGCGCGACCUUGAGCCACACGGCGUGCGUGAGCGGUGCCUCAGCACCGUCGUUGAGCACGAUGCGCACGGGGAUGCAUGCAUCCGCCGGCUGCUGCGCAGCGACGCCGACAACGGCAGCACGACGACGACGAGCCUGGAUGGCAGCGUCGCCGAGCAUGCAUGCGCCGUGCGCGGAUGGCAGCGCGUGCUUCGACGGGAUGCUGUUGACGCGCGACGAGCAAAGCUCGCUCGACGCCGAGAGCACGGGCGACGAGCAGACGCUCGAGGCAGGAGUCGAGCAGGCCUCACUUGCCGUGCACUCAGACUCCCCCUCCGACGAGCACGACGAGGAGGCCUCACUGCUCUCGCUCGUCGUCUCGCUCUGCUCACUGCUGUUGGUCUGGAUGGAUGCGCGGCUGAGCGAAAGGCUGUCGCGCUUGAUCACGAGCGUGAGCGGCUUCAGCAUCGACUUGCGCUUCUCUUGCGCGGGCUGCGACGUCGCCGCCGCGGCGAGGAGGAGCGGACGCAGCUGCGAGGCACGCUUGUUGGCAGCGCAUGCCUCGCCGCACUGCUCCGACUCGCACUCCUUGCGCGGCGGCAUCGGGAACGCAGCAAGCAGCGAGUUGAAGCUGAGGUUGCUGUUCAUCUUGUACGAAGUUUCUGUGUCUAGAGGGGUGUCUAGAGGGUGUCCAAAGGUGGAUGUGUCUGCGGAGGGCAGGGAGGUGUGUGGUGGAAGAGAAAGUGGGCGCGGCGAGAGGGGCCCGGGGGGAGGCCCUCCUUAUAUGCCUUUUGGGCGGGGGCGAUCCGGCGCCCUCGGGGCGAAAAGACGAGGGCCAGCGAGCAGAUUUGCGGGUCCCAACGGCUCGCCUG